UUUAUGUUUAAUUCAAACCUUAUAAUGGAGCAAGGAGAAAUAACUCCAGAAAGUGAAUACAGUAUAGAAUGCUUCCAAAACUACACUGCCCCAGAAGUUUUCAUACAAGGCUUGGCUGGUCUUGUAAACCAGGGUGAUGUUGAAUCAAUGAUCAGAGCUCAGAAGCAAAUGCUUCAACGGUUUGAGAAAACUAAUGAAAUGCUUAUCAAUUGCAAUUCAUUAAGUGCCGGAAGGUUACGAAGUGCUGGGGCUGAAUUUAAAAAGUACACGCAACAAUUAGUUGAUAUGAAAAAGGAUUUAGAUUACAUAUUUAAAAAAAUCCGUGUUAUUAAAACUAAAUUAAGCAAUCAGUAUCCAGAAGCUUUCAAAGAAGCUCAGAAACGUUUAACAGAUGGAAUAUUAGAAGAAGAUGAAAUUGCUUGUGAGGCCCAACCAUCUACACCAGAAGUUAAACAUAGAAUAGGUACAAAAGAAUGCAGUAAAUCUGAAAAUAAUUUAGCAACUACCGAUAAAAAGGAAAUGUGUAGUAAAAGUGAGAGCAAAGCUAAACCAGAGCACAAGAAAGAUGAUGAAAAUUUACAUAAAUUAUCUCUCAAAAAUUCAAAAGAUAAUAUGAACUAUAAAAGAAGAUCUCUAGUAGCCUCAAACAGUACAAGUACCAGCAGUUCAACAGAUCAUUCUUCUACUCACUCCAAUGAAUCAUCGGACUGUAGUACAGAUACAGGAUGA